AUGCCAAUUGAUCGAAUCUCGCAUCUUAUUGCACCAGUACCUGCUGAAAAUCAAAAUCAAAAUCAACGUCCAUCAUUUUUUCAUACAUUUGCACGAUUUCUUUGUUCAAAUCUUGGUUUAGUCAUUGUCGUUAUUGCUUAUAGUAUUGGUGGAGCUUUUCUUUUCAUUUUACUUGAACAAUAUAUUGAAUUACAAAAUUGUCAACAAGCUAGUUUAACGGAAAAUGUUUCAGUAUCAAAUAUAUCUGAAACAAUGUUCAGUUAUGUUACUAUAACAAGUGAGGAUACUACAAUCAUUUAUGAACAAAUAGCUGAUUAUUUGGAUAAUUUUACAAAUGAUGUUUAUGAUCGUAAAAAUAAUUUUCGUUACAGCGGACAGGAUUGUGAUACAACAUCAGGAUGGAGUUUUCCAUCAGCAUUACUUUUUACAAUAACAAUCAUUACAUCAAUUGGUUAUGGACAUAUAACACCAGUAUCAUGGGAAGGACAAAUUACAUGUAUUUGCUAUGCAUUAAUUGGUAUUCCAAUAUUUCUUCUUUGUCUAGCAAAUAUAAGUUCGAUAUUGGGUGAUAUGUUUCGUUUUAUAUAUUCGACAAGUCUUCAUUUUAUGUGUUGUUGUUGUCGUAUUUAUAUGCGUAGUCGUUAUCGAAAACGUCGAUUACGUGGAGAAAAUUCAUUUAAUCAACAAAAAAUUGGUUAUGUUGGUACAGGAUCAGUUGAUCCACAUUGGCCAGAAGCAAAUCGUCAAUAUGAUGGAGAUAAAUUAAGUGAUGAUGAAUAUGAUAUUGAUGAUGAAAUUGAUCAAGAAAUGGAUGAUAUUUGGAAUCGUAUGGAAAGUCGUGUACCUAUUUUAGCAGUUCUUAUAAUUAUAAUUGGUUAUAUAUUUUUUGGAGCAUUUAUAUUCAAUAGAUUUGAAGGUUGGACAAUGGUAGAAUCAGUAUAUUUCUGUUAUAUAACAUUGUCUACAAUUGGAUUUGGUGAUUAUGUACCUGGUAUAACAUCAAGUUCAACAUCAGGUUUACGUUUUGUAGCUGCUUGCCUCUAUAUUAUUAUUGGUCUAGCUGUAUUAGCUAUGUGUAUUGAUUUAAUUAAAGAGAGUAUUGUUGAAAAACUUGAAUGGGUUGCACAUAAACUUGGUGUUAUCAAAGAAGAUGAGAAUUUAAUAGAUGAUGAAUAUACACGAUAUGCUAAUUUUCAAUAUGCACGACGACAUGAUAAGAAUGGCUCUUAUGAUGAACCACCAGCAUAUGAUGAUACAUCUGUUGGUAGACCUUGGUCAAAAGAUGUUAAAGAUAGAUAUGAUUCACCAAGAAAUUUCCAAUGCAAACAAGAUAUCAAUACAAUAAACAAUAAACAUUAA